AUGGAUAUUGAUCUGGACUAUGAGAGACCCAAUGUUGAGACCAUUAAGUGUGUGGUUGUCGGGGAUAACGCCGUGGGCAAGACACGCCUCAUCUGUGCCAGGGCCUGCAAUGCCACCCUCACCCAAUACCAGCUGCUGGCCACCCACGUGCCGACCGUCUGGGCCAUCGACCAGUACCGCGUGUGCCAGGAGGUGCUGGAGCGCUCCCGGGACGUGGUGGACGAAGUCAGCAUCUCUCUGCGGCUCUGGGACACCUUCGGGGACCACCACAAGGACAGGCGCUUUGCCUACGGCAGGUCAGAUGUGGUGGUUCUCUGCUUCUCCCUGGCGAACCCCAACUCCCUGCGCCAUGUGAAGACCAUGUGGUACCCGGAGAUCAAGCACUUCUGCCCACGGACACCCAUCGUGCUGGUAGGGUGCCAGCUGGACCUGCGCUAUGCUGACCUGGAGGCAGUCAACCGUGCCCGGCGCCCGCUGGCCAAGCCCAUCAGACCCACGGACAUCCUGCCGCCCGAGCGGGGCCACGAGGUGGCCAAGGAGCUGGGGGUGCCGUACUACGAGACCAGCGUGGUGGCACAGUUCGGCGUCAAGGAUGUCUUUGACAACGCCAUCCGCGCCGCCCUCAUCUCCCGCCGCCACCUGCAGUUCUGGAAAUCCCACCUGAAGAAGAUGCAGAGGCCCUUGCUGCAGGCACCCUUCCUGCCCCCCAAGCCGCCCCCGCCUGUCAUCCACAUCCCGGAGCCCCCUACCAGCGGUGGCCAGGGCCCUGCCGCCCUCUUCUGCACCCCCCUCUGUGCUGAUGUGGUCUUCCAGCUGCAGGGGGGGCACAGUGUCUUCGCCCAUCGCGUCUAUCUGGCCACAUCCUGCUCCAAGUUCUACGACCUCUUCACCUUGGCGGGGUCGGCGAGCCAGGCUGGGGAGCCCUGUGGCGUGGCGCGGCGGGCGGCCAAGGAGCCAGCUGCCAGGACUAAGAGGCUGGAGACGGAGAAGGGCCUCCUAGGUGAUGGGGCCCAGGCCCCUCUCAGGACUUCGCAGAGUGACGACCCCCUGCGGCUGGUGCAGGGCGAGGGCCAGCAGCUCCCAGGGGCUGGGGGCCAGGAGCUGUCGGGCUGGGGACGGGGCUUUGUCAGCAUGCAGCUGGAGUUGGUUCAGGACCCCGUGACCCAGCGGGAGAAGCAGAUGACGGUGGUGUACAUGGACUGCCUGGUCCAGCCAGGGCCCUUCCAGGCAGUGCUGGAGUACCUGUACACGGGCCACCUGGACCAGGGCCGCGCAGACCUCAUGCAGGUGGCCACCAUCGCCGAGCUGCUGGAGGUCUUCGACCUGCGCAUGAUGGUGGCCAACGUGCUGAACAAGGAGAGUUUCAUGAACCAAGAGAUCACCAAAGCCUUCCAUGUGCGCCGUGCCAACCGCAUCAAGGAGUGCCUGGGCAAGGGCGUCUUUGCGGAUGUUGUGUUCCUGGUGGAUGAUGGGUCGGUGCCGGCCCACAAGCCGCUGCUCAUUGCAGGCUGUGAUUGGAUGGUGGCCAUGUUCUGCGGCAACUUCCGGGAGAGCUACGCCACGGAGGUCUCCCUGCCUGGCACCAAGUGCGCCUGCCUGCGUGCCGUCCUGGAGUUCCUCUACACCGGCCACUUCACCCCCAUGCCCGACCUGGACGCCAUGGAACUCCUGAUCCUCACCAACCGCCUGUGUCUGCCGCGGCUGCAGGCGCUCACGGAGCAGCACGCGGUGGAUGAGCUGCUCCGAGCCUACGUGCAGCAGGUGGAGAUCGACGAGCAGGUGAUCAUCUACCUGGAGAUGACUCAGUUCCACAACGCCCAGCAGCUGGCAGCAUGGUGCCUGCACUACAUCUGCACCAACUACAACAGCGUCUGCCGCCGCUUCCCCAGGGAGAUGAAGUACAUGGCGCCAGAGAACAAGGCGCACUUCGAGAGGCACCGCUGGCCGCCCGUCUGGUACCUGAAGGAGGAGGAUCUGUACCUGCGCUCGAAGAGGGAGCGGGACCUGGAGGAGCAGCUGCUGUGGAAGCAACACACCCGCAGCAAGUGGUGCUUCUGGCGCCCCUCGCCCCACGUCUCCUGA